UUACUUUGAGUUUCGAUAUUCACAGCCUAUUAAUGUGGUGAUGUGACAUACUAAUGCAGUUCAGUUUCAUAAUGUUUCCCAAAAAACUAUUAAUUUUCCUGGUCUGUGCACAAUUUUCCGUUAUCAAAGGUAAAGAGGCGGUAUUUAUGGUCAAUAGCAAGAAACCUUUAAACGUAGUUAGUGAACGGUUUUUAAGUUUUUCAGUGGAAGCGAGCGACUUUUUGAAAAACCUUAAGAAUGACGCAACAUACGUCACCUUUCAGCAUCUUAAGCCUGCAUACAUACGCAUAACAGAUAAUCCACAAUUUUCACAAAAUAAAACUAUUCCUUGGGAAUCGAAUCUUGUGGAAACACCUAUGACCUGGAAGGAAAUAUGCAAAUGGUUUGUAAGUACAGGCCUUACACCUAUUUUUGCAAUCAACAGCGAGAAUUAUUUCGAUGACGCUUGGGUGCUUAACACUUUACGACCUAUUUUGGAAAUGAAUGAAGAAAUUGGUUUCAACUCGUACUGGGAAAUAAGAUACAAAUGUGAAACCAACCCAUCAAAGUACCAGAAACGGCUCAAAUGGCUUAAGCAAAUAAUGGAAGAAUAUCCCUCUGCCUCAUUAGUUUGUGGAAAUGACCAUUCGUGCAUGAAUAGCGAUUCAAAUCAAAAGUUGAACGGAACAGUAGAGGCAAUAAUCUCCGAAACGCUAAAUAUGGAAUCAAGCAGUCCGACGUGGAUAAUAAUGCCUCAAGCAGAACACCUAGAAUCAUUUUCAUCCGCCCUUAAAUGGGCCAAGAAGAUUGGUGAGACUGCAGCUGAUGGUAACAAAGUUGUGUUUUGGAAAGCAGGGGUGGCAUCUCUGUCGGAUUCAGCAGUGUCUUGGAUUGCACUGCUUUACAAGCAACUGGUAGGGUCAACAGUUUUGGACGUAAGCACCAAUAUGCCUCUGAAAUCCGAUGCAGAAGUCUCGGCACACUGCGCAAAACAACACGAACAAGAAGAUUUGGUACUUUUCAUUGUAAAUAGUGGAAAACAUAAUUUCACGGCGUCUUUGCGAGUUGCUAGCCAUCCUACGACCAUUCUGGUAAAGUCGUACAUUCUCACCAGUGAAGACAACGGCACCUACCUCAACAACGAAAAACUAACUCCUAAUCUCUUAAAUACCAGCAGGUUAAUUUUCACUCCCGAGAUACAGACUUUAAAGUUACAACCCAAUCUUAAUUUGAUUGUUCCUCCAAGAUCGGUAAGCUUUUUCGUUUUGCCUUAUGUCGGUAUAACAGUGUGCGGACGUGAUAACACGAAGAGCAUUAGUGAAUUUUCCCUGCUGUCAAGAUAUAAUCCAAUCGAUCCCAAAACGACGUCCCGUUUAGAUGCCUUCAAACAAAAAUUAAGGAAGUUAAAGUUGAAAAACGCUUGGCAACGUGGACCUGUUGAAGAUUCCGAAGUAGCUAGCGAUUUCAGGGACUUUUUGGCACACAAAACCCCAAAACUGAAGGAGGCGAAGUUUCGAGUCGCAAAAAAUGAUGAACCCGAACCUGAGAUCUUCUUAGAGUUAACUAAGGAUGAAGUAAGGCAAAUUUUGUUAGAGCGGAUGGCAAGUAACGAGCCGAUUUCCAAUAAAGGAUUAGAAAGGAAAAUGAGACGUGCGCCAAGGUAUAAGGGUGGACCAAGAGGACUGUGGCAUGAAAUACUCGGAAAAAAGCACGCCAAGCGUGAUAUCAAUGCACGUUUGGCUCAGAAGAAAGGGGGAAUGAGAGAUGGAUAUAUGCUGGCCGAUUUUGCACCAGCCCAUUAUGGUGAAAGGGAAGUAUAUCAUAGCGAAGAGGAGGAAUUGCGAUCUGGAGAACGAUUCGUUGAUGAACGGCUGAGAUUUUUGACGGGUACGGGAAACAUAGAAUUGGAUAAUGAUGAGAAAAGCGAAUAUAGUAUCCACGAAGACUUCGGGGGCGAUAAUCGAGAAGAUAAAAUGGAGUUCAUGGGGGAGUACAAUCAUAAACGGAAUCAUCAAGGAAGUAGAUGGAUGAAGCAUUCCAGAAAUAAACGAAAUAUUCCAGAAAGACCCACCAGAGUUCACCAUACCAUUGUAAAGAAACGCGAAAAUUCGAUUCAAGAUAUGGCGUCUCGUCUAAAAUCUUUAAAGGAGAAAGUUGAAAAUCGUAUAAAAAUGAAUAAUUGGAUACGUAACAAGCAGAAGCAGAACCUGAUGGAGUCAAGGAGCAAGAAAAUGCCUUUUGGUCAACGCAAUGCGUUUGUGUAUUAUACGCCGAAAGUGUCAAACAAACUAGUUGCUGUUGAUAAAACCAAAUCCGUUGAAAAAAUGCCAUCCUUUUCAAGAGAGAACGUAGACGAGCUGCCAACUGGUCAAGUAACUAUGAAGAGACGUGCACGAGCCCUCGCCGCAUAUGAUAUUACAGAAAAUUUGGUCGAAGAUGAGAAUAAUAAUAAAAUCGUCAAAAUGAAACAGGACAUUGAAAUUGAAAUUACAACCACUUCCACCACCAAACCCGACCUUUUCACAGUGGCAGUGGAGUAUAACGGGACUGAAAAUCAAACUGAAAAUUAUUACGGCGAGAAGAAGGCAGGAAGCGACCAAUCCCUUUUCCAGAUUUUAGUAGAAAAGGUUGCCACUUUUAUUGAGAAUAUUUACGGUCAAGUCUCAGUAUAUUUUAUGCGUUAGUACCUAUACGUUACAUUUUCUAGUUUUCUGUUU